UUCCUCCCUUUUUUUAUUAAUUUUGUACUUUGUUCGCGAUUUUUGUUUUCAUGCUUUUUAUCAUUUAAUCUUUUUAUCAUUGAUCAUUUUUCUAAUAAUUUUUUCCACUUUUUUCAGUCAAACAAAAAUGACAAAUACGAGUGCUAACAUCGACGGCUCCCCACACCAACCAACAAAUGGAAUCAAUUCCAAAUUUCCAUCACCACCAAAAAAGCCGUCGAGUAAACGACCACCAGGUUCCCGUUCAAAAUGGUCUCAAUGUUCUACACCAGAAAAGUUUUGUUGGUUAGCGGCAAUUCCUUUUCGAACGUUGCUCUGUUUGGUGAAUAUUUUCUGUUUUGUGUUUGCCUAUUUUGGCUUUAUGCUGCCUGUGUUGUGGGCAAGGAAGUUGUGGCCGAGAUUUUAUUGGGGAUAUGAAGGAAAGCUUUAUAUGUGGCUGCAAGCUUUUGUUGCGUAUUGGGGAUAUACUGCAGACUAUGAUGUUUAUGAGUAUGGAGACGAUAUUCGCAGAUAUGCCGCGAAGGGAAGGGUUUUGGUUAUAGUCAACCAUCAAAGCUCUGCUGAUGUCAAUAUUUUGUUUACUGUUCUGCAAACUAAAGGAGUUGCUACUAGAAAGACAAUUUGGCUGAUGGAUGUUAUGUUUCGUUGGACGCCUUUUGGUAUUAUUGGUCAGAUGCAUGGUGAUUAUUUUAUUCGUCAAGGCAAAGCUUCGAGGGAAAAGGAAUUAAUUAAUUUAAAGAAGCACUUGAGAAAGACAGGCGUUGGGUUAUUCUAUUUCCUGAAGGAGGAUUUUACUAUAAGAGGAAGGAGGACAGCCAGAAGUAAGUACGGACGUAAACACGGUUUCCCUCAUUUGGAAUGGUGCACCCUUCCACGUAUUGGAGCUAUCAAGUCCAUUUUAGAGGAAGUUGGCCCUCGUGGAGAUGAUAGUGAUAGCGGUGUGGAGAAUGGACGUACGCGAAAAGUUCGCUCUGGAAUUCAGCUACUUAAAGAUGCUGUUGGGGAAAUUCGUGAGAAGAAACAUGUUAAAGAAACGCGUCCUCCUAUCACUCAUAUUCUCGAUGUUACCAUUGCCUAUCCAAACGGACAUCCUUUGAGUAUUCUUACUUUGUGCUUUGGAACGAGGGAACAAUGCGAUAUUGCCGUCCAUUACAAAAUGCAUUCUGUUGAUGAGGUCCCAUUCAAUGAUGAUAUUAAGCUUCGUGAUUGGCUUUAUGCUCAAUAUGCUAAAAAAGACAAGCUUUUGGCCAAUUAUUAUCAAAAUGGAGAAUUUGAGCCAGACGAGCCUGGAGAACGUAUUGUUUUUUCGUGGACGCGUAUUGUUGGACAUUGGGCUUUUUGGUUGACAAGUUUUUUGAUUCAAUGCAAAAUUUAUUAUUUGGUGCUACGCUUUAUUUUUUCUUUUUUGAUGUCUAUUUAGGAAGGAUUAUGAGAGGUUUUUAAAUAAUUAUUUACUCCAAAAAUUUUUUUUGUAUAAUCCCAAUGAGGCGCAUAAAACUCUGGAAAUUUAAAAGGGAGUUUUUUUAAUAUAUUAAAUGCAUCAAUCACCGGUUUUUUUCUCUUUUUUUUUAAUUUUUGAGGGGAUAGAGGUCGGGUUGACUGAUACAAAAAAGGAAGUCGGGUUGGAAAAUCUUUUGGAAAAUUUCCCGUAUUAGUUUUUUAUCGGUUAAACCCGGCUCACCCUUUUAAUAAAAAAAGGGAGGGGGUCAGAAGUUUUAAGAAAAUUUCCUUUAAUUUUUGAAUUCCUCUAUUUACUUUUGGAGCUUUUUUUGAACGUUCUGACCCCAACUUCAUUCUCAUCACAAUUUAUUUUUACUCUUGGCUUUUGUGCCGUUUAUAUUAUUCUAUAAUGUAGUUUUGAUCUUCCUUCAAAAAUGACCUAAAAAAUAUUUUCCGUUUCCUUUUUUCUUUUUUUGCUUUUAUAAUAAUAGUAAAAUGUUUAGAUUUUUAGUUGGUGCAAGAAACAAAAAUUUUUUUAAGCAAAUCUUGGCCCCCUUUCACGAUUAUUUUUUUUUGAUUUCUAAGGAACCUUUUUUUGCACCUACACCUUUAUUUCUUCUCUUUUUUUCCGAUUUUUCUGUUUCAAAAAAAUUUUU